AUGAUCCCUCAUCUUCCCGCCUACAUCGAGCUCUUCCCGGACACCUACCAGGACUUGCCAUCGCCUGCACGCACGGAUGGGAGGGUACUUGUCCAGGCGGUGAAGGACUUGCCGGUACAGGUCCUCCUGCUCGACACGAACCCCCUCGUCUUCUCUGCGUUGCGCUCAAUUACGCUCGCCAUCUCGAAGCACGAUCCCUUCCUUGCCAGACUCCGCCAGUCGACGGUCACCCAGUCGUCGGCGCAAGGAUCUACCGCACCUCCAGCGCCCUUCGGCCCGCCCCUCCCUCCCGACGCGUACGAGAACACGAUUGCAGACCACGUCGUGCGGGAACUUGAACGACUUGUCGAACCUCUCCUCAAGUUCCGAUCUGACAUUCGGAUCAUCCUCGUACCCGACGGUCGAUUGCGGCCGUUGCCGAAGUGGUGGGAGUGUGUCGCGCGGGACCUUGAGGCGGCUCGAGCAACUUGGGGGCGGUGGGAGCGAGCUUCGGAGAAUGAGGAGGAGCGAGUUUGGAAGGGCGGACAGGCGGACAAGCGGAUCGAGCUGCUUCGGGCAACGUUUGCACCGCUUGCCGGCAAUGCGGACCUUGAGCCUGUUCCGCCUACUGUCCUGGGUCUGCGCGCACCCCUCCCGCAAGAGCUGUAUGCCGCUGCCAAGCGCAACUCCUCCUUCCUCUUACACCAAGCCAUCUUCGUCGACCCUCUCAUCGAUGCCGACGGCGCACUCGCUCAGCUCGACCCUCAACUCGCCCGACCCUUCGACCCAUCCUUCUCCGGCCUGCCUCCUGACCGCCCCCUCCACCUCUUCGAGUUAAACGCCAUGCUCUCCGGCCGUCGCUCCGAAGAAUUGGGCGUCGUUUCCAUCGACAACGACGUGGUCAUCAAUUCUCCAGCCAGCGCAGUCCGAUUCGCCUUCAUCUUCCGCUCGCCAAAGACUGGCUCGACUCUGCGCGUCGUCGACAAGGAGAAACUGGCCGAAGCUGCUUCGCUCGCGUCGUUCGGUCCGUCUCUCGCCCAUCUCGGCCUCGUGCUUGGCCACGAAUACCUCCUCGGCGGUAUCAGAGGUCUCGGUCCUGUCAACCUUCGGAACGCCGCUCAGCUCUUCAGCCCUUUCCUCAACCUCGAGUGGGGCAAUCCGGCAAUCCCUCCUUCGGCAGGCGAUGCUGAGGCUUGGCGCGAGUGGACCGAGUACUUCGCCACGCUAGGCUUCGUCAUGUCCUUCACCCUCGAGGACUACCGCGAGGCCAGCGCAGCGUUGCGCGGUCUCGAUGUGCCGCUGUUCGAGCGGUCCAGCACCAAGGCUGUCGCCUGGAACGUCGUGGCUCAGGAGCGGUCGGAGAAGGCGGGAGCCGGACAGGAGAUCAAGCCCGUCUUCCACAACUUUCGCCUCUCGCCGGAGCUACAGGCUCACUUCGCAAGUCAGAUGGACGAAUCGACAUCAUCGCAUCCCUUCCGACCCCACGAUCGCUCACUCAGGCCGAAGCCGUCUCAUCUCUCACCUCUGCCGCCCGACCCUCCUUCGCACAAGACCAAACCCUGCCGAAAUCUCGUUUCGACAAGGCUCAUGCCUCACGUACCGUCCGUCGUCGAUUUCUACACCAACCUCCAACCUGUUCCGACCGACGAGAAGGCGCCAAAGGCCAAGAUUCUCUCGCGCAAACGCGGCUUCGGCACGGUCGUCCCAGAGUCCGCGGAUGCGGGCCGUUCAGCCGCAAAGCGGCAGCAACUCCGCUUGUCACGAACGACGGGAGACGCGGGCGCGGUGGACGCGCCAGGCGAGAAGGCGGCGGAGAAGGGAGCAGCGGGAAAGGGGCCCGGGGAAGGAGCUGUCGCAUCGGCGGGAGUAGCGACAGAAGAGGAUGCGGAGGAGGAAAGUAGGGGAAAGGGGAAGGCCGAGGCUGAAGUGAAGGUCCCUGAACUCUGGCGCCACCUCAAGUUGACGACCAUCGAGACCGACUUCGCCUCCAGCUGCCAAUCGCCCGCCGUCUACGAAACUCUCUCGGCAAUCCGCCUUCCCAUGCACUUUAUCUUUCCGAGGCUCCUCAACAUCCUCAUCCCGAACCUCAUCGCCAGUUCGAUUGACUCGAACGCGUCCUCCUCUCUUGCGCGCAACCUCUUGUCCGGCCCCGACGCCAUCCGCGACUCGGUCUGGUGCAGCAUCAACUACAUGGCAGAGAAGACCUCGGCACGCGGCGUGAAUGAGUCGAUGGAGCAGCUCCUCUACCACCUUGUCGGUCCAGCGGCACCUGAAGCUCGGAUCGCGGCGGCGGCGUCGAGGGUCGGCAGGCUUACACCGGCAACUCGCACGAGGAUUCAGCAGAGCUUGCUCGGCGUCGCCGCCUGCGAGACACUCGACGGCAUCAAGCUCGCCUUGCGCCUUCCCGACACGCUCUACGCAUUCUUCAGCACGCCCACAGCUCGCGCCGCGCUCGAAGAGACCGUCGUCGACUUUUCCGCCUCACUCGACAAGGCGGACAAAGACCGCACGCUCAUCUCGUUGCGCGAUCUCUUCAGCCGCUUCCUGUCAUCGCCGAGCGAGGCGGUCGACGCAUGCGCCCAGAUCUUCGAGACGCAUGCAAGCUGGAUCAUGCAGAUCCCGCGCAACGCAACAAGCUCAUCUAAUGCGCGACAUACCGCCUUCGAGCUUCUUGACAAGUUCACCGAACUCGUCCGCAUCGUCAAGCAAGAUGCAACUGUCCGCGAGCCUUUCUUAGUCCUCGACGCGUCGUUGACGGACGAAGAGAAGGAGGAGCUGAGCAAGAUUCUCGCUCGUCACCUCGCCUGUGCUCCGCUUUGUGUGACCGACGACGACGCAGAGACGCAGCGAACACGCCUCGCCGACGCCUUCGUCAACAAGGUCAGCAAGAUCCUCGGGCGCGUACCGAACAUGCGCGACUCGUCCCUCUCGGUCGCCGACGCCGCCCGCUCCUCCUUCCUCUUCCUCGCACGGCUGCUCGCCUUCCUCAUGUCAGCAGCUGUCACGUCCUCCGCUGCACUCGACUACGACGAGGCGCACGAACCGGCGCACCAGCAAGGUCAUCAGUCAGCCUGGGCAGACGAACGCCACAAGACCGUCGGGCGCCAACUCCCAUCCGGUCAUCCUCGCGCAGUGCGACAAGUGCAGACGGGAUGGAGUCUGCAGGAGCGGUUGACUGCAGCAGAGGUCGCGCUCGUGCGCGCAGAGAUACCGCGGUCGUGGGAUCGAAAGGAGAGGCAGGGGAGCGCAAGCGAGGAGGGAGAGGAGGAAGGAGAUGACUCGACUGCGACGGGCACCGGGGAGUUCGAGGACGCUCAGGCCAACGAGACUCUUGGCGCCCUCGCCCAUUCACUCAGCGGCAAAGCGCGGACAAUCCUCCCGCCUUCGUCUGCUCGAAUCAUCCUGUGCCAGCUGCGACGCGCGACCUCACUUGCUCAACAACACACGGCGCCGACGACUCGUCCUACUCCGUCCAGCACGCAGACUGCUCCGCCGCAGGUCUUGUCCGAAUACCUCGCAACCGCCUACUCCGCGAAGACUUCGAUCGUCUAUGCCCCAAGGUCCUUCAGUGUGCUCGGUCCGCACCUCGCCUGCCUCAUCCUCCAACUCGGCCUCUGGUCGACCUCAACCAGGACCGCCGAUGGUCUCGCCCUCAGCGACAUCUUCUCUGCAACCGCAGCAGCACACGCCCGACUAGCCGCGUUGACGAGACUUGCGCCUGAGGCCGCUCGUGUACGGCUCUCAGCUCGCGCCGAGGAAUUCGACAGUUCAUCCUCCGCCAUUUUCCGGCAUGACAUCGUCGACACGAUGCGCAAGGUUGCCGAAGAGCUCCGCGGUGUGCUUGCAGCGUGCUCGACCUCGUCCAGCACUCCGAAGCUCUCGCAGCUGCAAGAACUGGCCAUCCAGAACCGCUUUCAAGUCGUAGCCACGUUCUUCAAGACUUCGAAGCUCUACGCCCCGCAUGGACUCGUCCGGCUCGGCAACAAGCGACUGCAGGUCUUGUACCUCGACUUCGGAUCUCCAAGUCGCAAGCUUCUCGACUACAUCUUCGGUUCUGCCCCUCGUCCUCACACGAUGACCGUCGGCAGCCUCUUCAACCGACUCGUCGCCGACCCCAAUGCGACCAAGCUCUUCCACCUCCUUCGCUCACUUCAGCCACCUAGCGACGGCUCUUCGCCUUUCACAGGCUCACGCGCCGGAUUCGUCGACGAAGACGGGCUUCUCGUCCCCGAGGUUGCGCAGAAGCACCUCAACCUCUAUCCUCUCCACCGUCCCUCCCGCCCUCGAAUCGCCGCCCUCCCUCUCCCCCACCUCUCGCCGACAGCCAAGACGACGCUCGCGACCCUGCGUCACUUCUGCGGCUUUAGAGAAGAUGGGACUGGCUCCAUCGAGGCGGGCACGACCAUUAUCGGCAUUGAUGUCGGCUCGACGUACUCGGCAGUCGGGUACAGCGAGGUUGUCGGACAGGAGGGAUCGGCUCGAGCCGUGUUGGUCAAAAAUGGACACGUUCGAGCAUUCCAGCAGAAGGCGUCGCGAAACCAGGUGAAGGUGCAGCUUGGCGGCAAGAAGACUGGUCGCUUCUAUCGUCGACGAGGCCGACUGUCGCAGGCCGGGCGCUUCCGAGUGCGGCAGAAGUAUGCGUCUGUCACCGCUCAACUCGGCCGACAGCUCUUCGAUGCCCUCGUUCCGCAACCGGCAAAGUCAGCCCGACCUCGCCCGCCCGCUGCCGCAAGUUCAUCCUCGACCUCUUCAUCCGCUGCGCCUCCCUUGUUGCCUGACCCGAUCAAGACGCCGCCGAAGCGCCGCUCGAAGGUUCUCGUCUUCGUUGGCGCCGGCGGCACAGCAGCCGACAACGUCCGCGGCAAGCAUGCCAUCGACGCCGGGCACGCCAUCGUCGGCAACAUGCUUCGACACGGCCAAGCGCGCCCAGAUGUCGAAGCGCUCGCCACGACUGUCGACGAAGCCUUCACUUCUUCGAUCUGCCCGAAGCCGACAUGCCGGAAGGCGAAGCUUCAGUGGCUUGCGUACUUCCGGCACGUGACCACGACAGGCAAACCGAGCUCUCGCCCCUUCUACCGCGUCCUUAUCUGCCCUGUAUGCUCCGCGAGGUACCAUCGCGACGUUGUUGGCGCCAGCAAUAUCGUACAGGUCGGCGUCGUCCUCCUCAAGCACGGCAUGAACCUGCACGGCGCCGACUUCACGACGACCUUCGGCUUCCCUGCCGUUCCCGCUCGCAAGGUCGACAUUGAGAAGGGGAAGGAAUCGACCUCUCACCGGGGCGACGUGCAGGAGGGAGAGUGGGAGGACAUCGCGAGCGAGUAG